AUGACCCAACGCUAUCGGUCUCGACGACCAACAGACUCAUCGUUCCAGACAACCGACAAUAAGACUGCUGUGAGUAUCGCUGGUAUCUACUCCAGUUUCCAUUUUCUCUUCACCUUUUAUACACAGAAGAAUCUGAAGCUCGAAGAUAUGGCGAAGAGAAAUCGGCACACUUCAUACAUCACCAUCUUUGCAGCGAUUGGCUCCAUUACCUAUGGCUACGCUGCAAGUAUUAUUGGCCAAGUUAUUGGACAGCCUCAAUUUUACAACUACUUCGCCCUUGCGCAGAAAGGUCCUGACACAGGCGCGAUGAACGGCUUGUUCUUCGCUGGUGGCGCCUUGGGAUCAUUGUCUAUUGCAUAUACCGCGAGCGCUUUUGGAAGGUUGCGAACAAUUCAGAUUGCUUGCAUGGUCUGCAUUCUCGGCGCCGCUCUGAUGGCAGGCGCGGCAAAUGUCGCCAUGUACCUCGCAAGCCGCUUCAUCAUGGGCUGGGGCGUUGGUCAGAUGGUCUGUGGAGUUGGAAGCUACCAGAAAGUCCUCGAUGGUGUACGCCAUUCAAGUCUCUUCUUCCAGAAGGUUGCUGACGGUAAAACAGUACUUAUGAAGGGACGUAACGACGAGGCUUUCCAAGUCAUCCAGAGGCUCCACGCUCAACCAGAUGACCCAGACGACACCUUCGCUCGCAAAGAAUUCUACCAGAUGACCCAGCAAUUUGCGCUAGAUGAGCAGAAAAAACAAAAUCUUGGGGUUGUACACUGGUGGGAUUAUUUCAAGAAGGCGAGCUACCGGCGCAGAAUCCUGAUUGGCUGUGGCGCAACUCUCAGCAGCGCGUGCUCUGGUAAUCUUGUCGUGAACAGUCUGAAGCAUGCUAAGCAUCGGCGUCGGAAAUCAGACUACCAAGUCACUCUCUACACCGGGCUCGGCAUUACAGGCGGGAUUCCAAUCCUACUCUUCGCGAUCUGGAACAUCGUCGGCAUGCUAGGCAACAUCGUGGCCGCGACCGCCCUCAUGGACCGCUUCGGCCGCAAAAUCUGCCUUCUGAUAGGUAUCGCGGGGACAGCCACGUGUCUGGCGUUUGAAGCCGCCCUGACCAAAUAUUUCGUUGGUCAAGAGACACCAAACAAAGUUGGACUGGGCUUUGGCACUUUCUUCAUUUUCUUUUACGUGGUGUUUUAUGCCACGUUUAUCGAUGCGCAACAAUACGUCGUCGUUUCAGAGGCUUUCCCUAUGGAAUUCAGAAGCAUUGGUGUCGCAUUGAGCCUUUUUGCCCAAACGGCAGCGGCGGCAUUGUUCGUUGGCGUGGCGCCUGUCAGCUUUACUCACAUAGGCUGGAAGUUCUAUCUUGUCUUCAUUUGCCUCGAUGUCUGUACCUUCACAUUGGUUUGGGUGUUUUUCCCCGAGACCAAAGGCCUUUCACUGGAAGAGAUCAAUGAGCUAUUUGGUGACCCUGUCGCUGUUCAUAUCACGCAUGACCAGGAAGAUGACCUCGAUAAGAAGAUUCAAGAUAUGAGUAUUGUGGGAGUCGACUAUACCCAUGAGGAAAAAGCUUGA